UAUAGUUUUCCGAAAUCUGAUGUAUAUAUUAAAGAAAUUCAAAAAGAGAUUUCAAAGCAAUUGCAAAUCCAGGAGCAAAACAAAUUGGCUAAAUCACAAGCUACAAACAUAGUUAUCGAUAAAGGCGAUCAAAUUGCUAUCUCGCAAAAUAACAAUGUAACUGACGCAUCGGAUGUAUCUACAGUGGGAGUAGAUAUUCAUUGUUCGACAACGGAACUCAGUGAUGAAAAUUUGGUUGGGCAAACACUUAAAGACGAUAACGAAGGAGUUUGUGAAACGAAAUCAGAUGAUAUCGUUUUAACCAACGACUUUGGAGAAUCAAGUGAUACUCCCGAUGUACCACUUCGUGCCUGUGAAAAGAAAAAGAUAUCAUUCAAAGACAAAUUAUAUCUUGCUCCAUUGACUACAGUUGGUAAUCUUCCUUUUCGUCGCAUAUGUAAAGAGUUUGGAGCGGAUAUUACAUGCGGUGAAAUGGCAAUGGCCACAAAUUUGCUUCAGGGACAACAAAGCGAGUGGGCAUUAUUGAAAAGACAUGUUAGUGAAGAUAUGUUUGGUGUUCAAAUUUGUGGAUGCAAGGCACAGCAUAUGGUGAAAUGUACCGAAGUAUUGUCUAAUGAGAUUGAAGUUGAUUUUAUUGAUGUCAAUUUGGGAUGUCCAAUAGACUUGGUUUAUAAUAAGGUAAGAUUUGGUGAAUAUUUACAAGCAUUACAGAAAAAACAUGGCUCAUAUAUUGUUUUGGACUUAGGGAGGGGGGACUGCACUUUUGCGACACGAUGGAAAAUUAGGGAAGAUACUUCGUGGCAUGAACAGG